GGACGCGAAGGGGCCUGCAAGUCACUUAUGCCCAACAGGAACAUGGUAAUAGAUUUGUAGAUAUGGCAUCCAAGAUAAGGAUAAGGGCCAUCGCUUUUCAUUGGCCAAUAUCCAAUGACCCCAAAUCUCAGCCGUCCGAUCCCCAGAAUAUACAAAACCCAACUGUAUGUAACGAGAGCCACAAGAAUACCAAUGAAAUCAGUUCUACAAAAGGUGACACAAACAAUCUUCAACUCACCUCAACAACACAGUCCACAAACCCCUUCUUUCAUCCCGCCGGAAAACAUGGCCACCGUCACACAAGCCUCAGUUGCCGUUUUCCGGCCAUGCGCCUCAAGAUCCAGCUUCCUUUCCGGAUCACAGGGAAAAUUAAACCGAGCAUUGGCUGUCAAACCUGCCACCUCUUCGUCUUCCUCAUUCAAGAUUGAAGCCAAGAAAGGUCAAUGGCUACCUGGGUUGGCCUCACCUGGUUACCUUGACGGAAGUCUUGCAGGAGAUAAUGGAUUUGAUCCACUUGCCUUGGCCGAGGACCCUGAGAACUUGAAGUGGUUUGUACAAGCUGAGCUUGUGAAUGGGAGGUGGGCCAUGUUGGGUGUCGCCGGAAUGCUAUUGCCGGAGGUUUUGACAAGCGCUGGCAUACUCAAUGUUCCUAAGUGGUACGACGCCGGAAAGUCUGAAUACUUUGCAUCGUCCUCGACUUUGUUGGUUAUUGAGUUCAUCUUAUUCCACUACGUAGAGAUCAGAAGGUGGCAAGACAUCAAGAAUCCAGGAAGUGUUAAUCAAGAUCCAAUCUUUAAAAGCUACAGCUUGCCUCCUAACGAAGUUGGGUACCCAGGUGGCAUAUUUAACCCCCUAAAUUUUGCACCAACAGCUGAAGCCAAGGAUAAAGAGAUUGCCAAUGGGAGACUUGCAAUGUUGGCGUUCUUGGGAUUCGUGGUUCAACACAAUGUGACUGGGAAAGGGCCAUUUGAUAACCUAUUGCAACACUUGUCCGACCCAUGGCACAACACCAUUGUCCAAACACUUUCUGGAAACUAAAGAUGUUGUGGCUGAAAGGCUAAAGAUCGAGGUGAAAAAGAAGGAUGUUGUGGUGUUUGUAAGCUAUGAGUGGUGCAUGAGUUCUGAACUUUAGAUCUAAGCUUUUAAGUGUUAACAAGAAGCUUUUGAAUGUACAGAGGAAAAUGAGAUGCAUUUCAUCAUUCAUUUGAACUUAAUGUCAUGACCAUUUUGUCAAAUGCAUAUUCAAUUUCCUGUUUUGAUUUAACAUAUCAAUGUUAUAUAACAUACAUCAUAUAAUAAACUAUUUUGUACUGAUAUUGCACGUCCUAACAUUUGAUGAAAUUGCUUAAUCUGUUAUAUACAUUAGUAUUGAUCAUUUAUGCUCAUGUAUAUUAAGGUUUCUUUAAGGUUACUUAUGUCAUUAGUAAUAGUUAGAGGUUGUUUCUAUAAAUUAUUCUAUUUAGCUUAGCAUUUGUGAUGAUUUGAAAAACAGCCCAUGGAUGAUUGAGGAUCGAGGCUUCUAUAUAUCAACGAUUGGGGCUUAUUAACAAGACAAACUUUACAACAUAUAACUCCUAUGGUUGAGGAGUUAGAUCAUAUAAAAGUAAAUACAAUUAAGGGAUAAUGACUUAAAAUGGUAAUAUAUUUUUCGAUUUGUAUAUAUAUUUGGGUAUUAAGUUUUUUCGUCCACAUUUAUCCCUUCAAGUUUUUUAAACUGUACACAUUUAGUCAUUCAUAUUUUUAUAUUGCAAAAUAACAC